UGGAGACAGGAUUUUGAUCCUUCAUUCGGCUGGGCGUGCUCUCCAGCCUAGAGGCAUUCGGCGCCGCGCCCUGAAGAACGGCCACCAAGCAACUCAUGUUUACGGUAGAAAUUAUUUGGACAAGAACGUUACAUCCAAUUCCCUGUCAACAUUGAUUUUGAGCAAUUGUCAUUCUGGGCAUCGCAGUUCCGUGUUGGCAGCCGAUACAUACAUCAGUAUGAUACAGAUAUAGAGCUGUAGUUGGUUGAUAUCUCUGCGAUAAACGACGAUCACAAGCGGGCAGCCAUGUUGGUCUUUGUAGGUGUCCGUAGCCGGGCUAGGCUGUCGAUCCAAGCCGCCGACAACCUUGACGAAACGACCAGGAACAGUUAUAUAAGAGCAGCAUCCCAACCACCAAACCACAUCUUCCGCCCGGAUUUGCUGUUCGUAUUGCGGCAUCUGAAGCAGGGGCUUCCAUUGUUUCAAUACAUCUGCUUAGCUUAACCCCGUAACGCCCCACAAUCCUUCAGCAGCUUAGCCAAACGACCGCAAUGAUGCCCGUCCUCCUCCGCCUACUUACGGCCUUGGGCCUUAUCCUGAUUGUUCACGCCGGUUACUCCGCCCACGAGCAUUCCAUAUUAUACGGCAGCGCUCACUCCGUUCCUCUCGAUAUCAUCCUUGAAACUCUCGUUGCUAUCAUAUUCGUUACACUUGGUCUGGUUCUAGGGUCUGAGAAGCUGCGGCCGAUUAGUUGGAGUGUAUGGGCCGGCGAGAUUGAGAAGGAAGGAGGCGCGCGCAAUCCAUUUCGUGGUUUCGAGGACCGAAUAGGGUUUUGGGAUGUGAGGGUGAGAUAAACGAAACGAGUUUGCAAAGUGGGUACGGGAAGAGGCUGCAGCUGGGACAAGGUCAUGAUUUUUUGUUGAAUGCUUGUGUUUUAUUUUUGCAUGUGAAAUGCCACACAUGGAAUAGCAUAUUACACUUUUUAAAUUUGAUAGAAAUGGUGAGUGAAAACACUCUAUGAUAUCUAACAGGUUUAUAUUUCAUAUUGAAACAUUACAAAUUUUGAGUGAAGCAAGCCAUAGCUUGCAUCAUCUUAAACAAUUCCAAUACCCACAUUUCAAUGCUUUUGUGACAAUGUGGUCUUGGAUUUGACAUAACAUUACACAACAAUAUUUGCAGGGACGAUGCCGUGCGAUAUCUUGAGUGUCCAGCACUCCCAUAUCGCGGACAUCAUUGCACAAUGUGUCUCUAUGGUCAACGUUGCAACCAUUCAUCUGAAUACUAGUUGAAUGCCGGAUGACCUGGCAUGUGUCCCGGUUAAUAUCUAGGAAUGCGACCGGAGACAAACUCUUCGUGUAUCUAUAGAUGAGGACGAAUGCGGUUAGUCCUGUGAUGGUUCACGUCGGGUUAAAAUUGGCUCGCAAGACGACUUACAUCGACUUGUUGAGUUACCGCAAUUCCGGUACUCCUACUCUUGGGGACGGUCGGAGCAGGUGCUGAAUGGUAAUCAUCCAGCUCCACCAGUGGCUUGUUUCCCCCGCUAGACGCGUCCGAUAGCGGAAUGCUAUUUUUGUUCUUAUAUCCUUCCAUUGAGGAAUAUUCCCUGCCGUACGAGCGCUUGGUGGCUCGUUCUUUACGAUAUAUGAUGGCGAGGGCAGGAAGGCACCCGAUAAUGACCGCUAGAUGACGAAACCGACCGACGAUUUAGUUUAUGCAGUGAGGAUAUGAGCAGAACUGUAACUACUUACCUAUGCCUGCUUCGAGAAUUCCCCAAAAUGCCAGCCACGAGCUGCUCGGCGUGCUGUUAUUUUCCGCCUUUGUUCCGAUCUGAACAACUCGUAUGGUGGCCAUCACAAUGCAAAUGAUGCCAACGCUGAAGAGAGCUCCAAGACUUGCUUUCUGAAUGAACGGUAAUCGGAGCGACCACAAUAGUUUCACGGGCAAGGCCAUGACUUGAUAAUGAUAGUUGUGAGCAUUGUUUCUAAUCCAAUUGGGACUGUCCGCUGAAUUCUGAAUGCUGAGACAACUCACUCAUAAUGUCUGUGAUCACGUCAACCGCGAAUGAAUAAUACAAACUGGCAAGCUGGGCCUUAACUUCCUUGGGACUUGAACAUCCAGCUGGGUUUCACGAUAGGUGGUAAGCGCAGCACACUAGGAGGUCAAAUUGGAGAUGAUGCA